AUGGAGCAUCCACCUGAUUCCCUCGCCCUUUCGGCUUCUCUGUAUCUUUCCAUAACCACAAGUCGGCUUUUUAAUGUACAUCGACCAGAAGUUCUGACCUUGCAAGUCUCCAAGGCUCCUGUAACUUUGCUAUCUCGACUGUCCAACCCAUUCAAGUCCAUUCAAGUGAGGAUGUUACUCAGAUACAGCAUUCCUCUGCUCCUGUCCUUCGUUGGACUUGUUUUGACUCAAGAUGAAGAGUACCCUGGCAAGAUUGAUUGCUACGGUUGGACGGGGCUGGCAUUUCCCAACAAUACACAGUGCCCCGGGUCUCACAUCUGUUGCCAGACAACAGAUUUCUGCGAUCCGAAUCGGUUUUGUAAGCAGAAUAAUCAAUUGAUUGUUCCUACUUGCUCGACCUUUCCGUGGGAUAAUUGUGCAAAUAUCUGCCAAUAUGAUCCAGGAACCGGUUUCCUACCUCGUGCAAUCGAAUGCGACGACGGAAGCUUUUGCUGUGACAAUGAUCCACCCUGCUGUUCAGAAAAUCGCGGUAUAGUUCUCAAUGGUCUCGGAGCGGUCGUUUCCACCCACUCUGGCACAUCAACUUCAUCUCAAACAUCUACAACUGAUACCCCCACGAACACUGGCAGUAGCCUCGCUUCCAUUACCACUUCUGCCAGCACGGUUCCAAGUAGCAGUGGAACAGCAACCCCGAGCGAUUCCGGAGUGACAUCCUCAUCUUCGAAUGGCAUGUCGACAGGAGCUAAGGCUGGGAUAGGGGUUGCAGUGGCGGCGGUAGUCAUCAUCAUCGCCACACUCUCCGUCCUCCUGAUGCGAUCUCGACGCCGUCGAUCAAACCUGGAACCCCACUCAUCUCAGUCAUAUCAUCCAUCCGGAGACACAGCUGUGCCAGCGAGCUCGAAAUUCUACAACCAGCACUACCCUGCUAGAUAUUCCGAUCAGCCGUCAAUCCCAUCUGAGAUCGAUGGAACCAAACUCCAGAAUUUAGGCAUGCAAGCAAUGGACAACUUUGUCGAGAACAUCGCAACGCACAGCCGCCGCAGCAGAAUCGAGGACGAGGACAAACAGCUAUUGGGUGAAAAUUACAGCGACAGCGUCGAUGCUUUCCCUUGGCCCGUUUUCUCCUUCAAAGAUGAGGACGACCCCAACGGCGUUGAAGAGGAAGACCAAGAGACCGAGUCUCGAUAG